AAUGAGGAGGGGCCUGGUGUAAUACAGAGGCAGGACUUGAGGCCAAACAUCCAGCAGGAUCCCAACCGGAAUGCGUCACUCUGGAUCAAGAACAUUCUGAACAGGAGUUCCGGCGAUCUGACACUGACCAGUGAUAACCUCAAGGCACACGCCAACCUCUCACUGGAUCUGACGCCGGUGGAUACAGCGACUCAGCAAUCCAUGAGCAUCGGUGAGAUAAGGUAUAACGCCCCGCCGCCACCGACGUACCUGAUCCCUCCUCCUCCAGACCCCGUGACCAUCGUAUGUCACCCGCCCCACUUGGACUUCAUCAACUUCACUAUUGGACAGUUACACACGCAAUCCAUCCGUCUAAUCAAUGUCUCAAAGUUUGAAGUGAGGCUCUCUAUUAAACCACCAGCAAGACGAGAACUGGAUGUCCAGCUCUGUUCCCGGCUGGUGGUGACCUCUGGAGCCGACGCGGAGAUCAAAAUCCACUUCAGGCCUAAGGAUGUACGCGAGUUGAGGGAUGAGCUUCUGAUACGAGUGUCCUUGGGGAAGGGAAUCCGCGUGCCAAUUGCUUGCUUUAUGCAGCCGCCUAUCCUGGAGAUCCUAAUUCCAAACAUGGGAUCGAACAAGAUGGAUUUUUCUCAAAUCUCUGUCAAGUCAAACAUAGUAGACCUGGGCGCAAAGCUCCUGGGUGACGUCCACAGAACUCCUGUAUUCUUCCAUUGCGCGGAGAGUCAUGCUUCCUUCUUCUUGCUAUCUGACGAUGCGUGGAUUAACUGUUAUGUUGAAAUGAUAGAAGCCAAUGCUGAUGGAACGGUGUCCAACGGCACCGCUAGUGACUGUUUCUGGGUGUCCCCGGCGCGAUGGCGUGGAGGUGGCAGUACUCGGGGUCAGAUCACGUGCAGGGCACCGUCCCCAGAGCUCCACGUCACUGAGCUGAGGAUCCUGAGCUCGACAGCAAUCAUCAGGCGCCUUAAUAUUAUAGCUGACGCAGUGAUGUUCAGCCCCAGUUAUAUUUCUAUACAGGCACAUGAGAAGGACUACGACAUUUGCAGCGAAGACGAUCCCGCCUGUGAGUCCUAUGUUCACCUGGGUACCGCGUUUCCGGAGCGGGCGCUGUCUGGAAACGUCGUUAUUAUUAACCAUAGCCCUCUCACCUUCCAGUACUACUGGAGCAUCAGACCGUGGGGCGUGUGUUCAUGCUGGACCGCAUCCGAUACCACUUUGUACGCUGAAGACGAUACCUGCGACGCUGCUAAGAUCGCUAGAGAUAUGAGCAUGAAGGGCGAGUAUCCCAAAAAUGUAGACGCGAAGGCUGUUUACGUGGAUUCUUCCAGUGGAAGUCUUCAGCCGCGCUCUACAACGCAGGUCUUGGUGAGAGUGGACAAUGUUGGUGCUGUGGGGAUCCACCGCGCUGUGCUCAUGUUAAUUCUGAAGCAAAUACCAAAAGAAAGUUUCCCAAAAGACUACAGCCCCAUGAUCGUGAAGAAUGAGGAAAUAACGGAAGAUAAAAUACCAGGAGUUUGUGCGAGUUGGAAGCGAGAAGUAAGUGAGAUAGUGUGCGGGCAGCUCGAAGUAUGGUGGGAGGUUGUACCCGUGCGAUUCGUGCUUGACCCGCCCGUGGUAAAUUUGUUGCACUCACGGAGGCUAAAAGAAACGAAAAUAGACCUGAAGCUAAUACAACUGUGUGGAGUGACGGGAAUCGACACCAAGCUGGUGUCUCCGCUAGAGUCGCGCCUGCUGCGUCUCCUGCCUGGAGACUCCAUAGCGGCCAGGGUCAAGCUGACGCUGCCCAGCCUCCCCAACGAAUAUCCAGAAAGAGAUGUUAUUGAUCAUCAGCGUUGCAUAACCAUCAUCGCCCAUUUUACUACCAUCAUCUAA